UGGCUUCGUCCAAAACUGGAUUUCCUGCAAAGAAUGUCACGCGAAACGCGCGUUCGAACCUAUCACGACGUGCACGCAGUUUUUCUUCUUUACUUUGUCUCAUUUUUCCCGCCACCGUGCGAUGGACGAGUUACGGUUGCCCCUGCUUAAUCUUAACGUGUUCCAUUAGCUGCCGAACAUUGGUGAAUCACUCUUUCCUCCCUAGAUGGACAAAAAGUAGAACAUUCUAAGAUGCUGUUGAUCUCUCCUAAAUAAUCAUGGAACAAUAUGACUUUGAUCCUUCCGACAGCAGAGAUGAAGCACCAGUGCAAGCUAGAGGUUAUCAAGACUCCUUGGAAAUACCAUCUUCUAUCAGAGAAAUGCCAAGUAUCAUCCAGUCCUUAAGUUCCUAUGACAAAGAUGGGAGACAGAAAUUUUAUGGUUCACAUGAUGAUGGACCCACUACUAGAACACGUGCUAAAAAUGGACAGAUUUCUGAUGACAUUCCACAACCAUUUUUAUUACAAACUCCUCACUGUACAUACAAACCUGAGAAGAAUAAAAAAUGCCAAGUUUGUGGGAAGCAUGCCAGAACCCCAUCCGAUUUACUGCGGCAUAUGAGAGUGCACACUGGAGAGAGACCUUUCCCAUGUGUUGCUUGCAAUAAGACAUUUAAAUGUAAAAGAAGUCAACUCACUCAUCAGUACCUCAGUCAUGGUAUUAAAGACGGCUUAUCAGAACAUCGUCUUGAUGUCCUUGAUCACCGCAAAGUCAAAAGAAACACAAAUAAGCUAAAGAGCAAUUUCUGCAAUCAGGUGCCAACUAUAAUUGACAAAAUCAUGCACAAUUCAUACAUGAAGCAACAAAUGGAACCACAGCCUGUUCCUGUUGUUGUUGAUCAAGAUGAAGAUACUGAAAUCAUGGCUGGAGAAGAGAUUUCUAGCAUGAGUGGUGAUGUUCCAACAAGUUUUGUUGGUUUGUUCAAAACUCAAAAAGAAAAUAAUGCCCAGAUUAAGGAAGAUAACCAGCAUUAUGAAGAUGCUGCUAAAGAAGUGCAAGAGCCUCCAAAUAUUAAAGAAGAAAUUUGCACUUAUUUAGAUCAGAAACAUAAUGCCAAUGAAACUGAAGUUAAUGAUAAUAUUUCUUUGUUUAAGCCAAAGAAAAAGAAAAAAGAUCACUCAAGAAAAGUGCCCAUUUUGCGCAUCAAAACUCAUAAAUGUACUCAUUGCAAGAGACAAUUCAGAUCUAUUUACACUCUUAGGUAUCAUCUCAGAUCAAUGCAUGAUGAAAAAGUUUAUUUAAGUCCAGCGUUAGAAAGUCGUUUGAAGAAAAGAAGGUGGAUACCACCACAUGUGCGUUUACAAAAGUCUAAAAUAGGAACCAGCAGCUCGCUUAGUCACAAGCAGAAAGCUAAUUGUCAGAAAGAGAAAGCAUACUCUUUCUUGCCCACUUAUCCAAAUGAAAAAAUAGAACAGAAGUUCUUUUCUCAGAUUUCAGAAAAUUUUCCAGAUGUUCCAGAAAAUUUUCAAACUCAAGAUAAAAUAAAUGAUGCCAUAGACUUGCAUGUCAACAAAGAUUUUUCACUUGAAAUAAAGAAAGAGAAAAUUGAUUCUUAUGAAGAUGACAUUAAUAAUAAUGUUUCUACUACAGUUAAUGAUAAGGCAGAAAGAAAUCUAAGAGAUAUUGCUGGUCUUAAUGAAAAUGAAGUAAAACAGAUGUCUUAUUUUGCUAAUUCCCUUCCAAAUACUACAGCGAAUGCUACAAGUACUGCUUUCACAUUGAAUAAUAGUUCUAACACAGGGACAUCAAAUCCUUUUGUUCUCCCACCUCACAUAUUCUUUCCUAGUACUCCAGCUGCAGAAGAAGGUUUGAUGAAUGAGAAACCAAUCUCAUGGGAAAGUCUACAAGUUACAUCUGAAAGUGUGCUGAUAUCUAAAUUGGAAGCAGUUCAUCCUGGUACUCAGCAAAAAUAUGUUCUAUAUAAAUGUGGACUAUGUGGCAAAGCCUUUGCCAGUUUAAGAGUCAUUUGUGGGCACUUGGCUCUUCACAAUGAUACAAGCAAAGAGAAAGACUGUGAAAAAUGUGGAGCUUCUUUUAAAUGGAAAACUGAGCUGGAUUCUCAUUUAGAAUGCCAUCAAGCAUCAGACAGAAAGUUUAUGCCCACAUCUCCAUUCCUCCCAAGUUACUAUGUCAAUCCUUUUCCCAUUCCAGUUGUCACUCCCAGUGAGCAAAGUGUUAUGUCUACAACACGUCUUCUGCCAUACCCUUUUUUUCCAAUGCCACAACAAAUACCUCAAUUGAUGCAGCCUGGAUUCUUUCCUUUCUUUGCUGCUGCAGCUCUGCAACCUCAAAUGCAGAGUGCAGCUAAUAAUCAUGAAGAUACAGCUCGGAGCAGUGUAUCCCAUUCCCCUCCAGAAAGCAGUCCACCUGCAGAAAAUUUUGAGGAUAAAAAUUUAGUCCAAGGCUGUAAUUUUCAAUGCAAACUUUGUCCGAAAACCUUUGAUCGAAUCUUUUCAUUACAAAGACAUGAGCGGAUUCAUAGUGGUGUAAAGGCAUGUUUCUGUAAAAUAUGUGGAAGAGGUUUCAGCGAGUUAAGAAACUUGCGACACCAUAUUAUACGCUUCCAUGCAGAAUCUGCCCAGAAGGAACCACUGCCAUAUCGAAGAAGACCCAAUAGAAUGCGCAAUGUAAGCAGCUCACAAAAGUUGGUUUCAUUUUUGAAGAAGACUGCUGUUAGAAUCUUAAAUUCAAUGGGCCAAAGUAAAUCUGAGUCAUCUACUACUCCUGAAGAGAAUGAUAGCAACUCUGGAAAGAUACAAGCAACAGAAACCUCACAAGAGCUUGAGAGAAAUGAUGUACAGAAUUUUGCUAACACUGUUCCAACCAAUACAGUAGACUGUUUGCAAGAACAAAACACACUUAAUACAAUGCCCACAUUAUUUGAUGCUACCUCUCAAGUAACUCGACUUUCUCCUUCUCAGGACUUAAAUGAAGUUCCUCCACCAAAACUUUCUCCUGGUGUUGCAGAUGAUAUGAAAGAAAUGGCCACUGUAGAUAAAGUUGAAACGGGUAAUAAUGGUGCUGUUGAAGUGCUACAAGAUCCAAAACGUUCUCUACUAGGAAAUAGGCGAAAAGGAAGGCCAUUUAAACUAUCCACAAUGUCGUCUCAGUCUCUGAAUUUUGGCAGUGAUGACAUCCUUUUCCCACUAACUGAAACCAACUUUUUGGAAAAGCAUGUUGAGGCAUUUUCUGAAAACAGUCUAUUACAAGCUACAGAAAUUCUGAAUGGCUGUUUGAAACCAGAAGUAGCAUUUCCUCAACUUAGUAACUACUACAACAUGGAGCAAUCUCCAAAUGAACCAAUCGAUAUGAGAAAUCCCUCUGCCAAAGAAAAAUCAGAAGUAACUCCGAAAAAAGAAUUAGAAAAUAAUGAGAUUCAAGAAAGGAAUAGCGUAUUUCCAACAGAUAAUCUUGGGCUCAAUGCAGUUUUCCCCGACUCAACACCAAAUGCAGCAGGUUUGAAGCUACCUGAAUCUUUUGAAUCAAGGUGCUUGUUUCCUUGCAGUUAUUGCCAUAAAACCUUCAAUUCUAUCACUGACAUAAAUAGGCACAUGAGCUUUCAUGCAGAUAUAAGACCAUUCAAAUGUCCAUAUUGCAGCUACUGUAGCAGAACAAACAGUCAGUUAAAAGUGCACAUGAUGAGACAUGAAGGUAUAAAACACUACAUGUGUCAAAUUUGCAACUACAAUGGAGUCACUCAAUCUGAUCUUAACAGGCACUUGAAAACAAGAACCCAUCUACUGCGAUCUCGUAACGUAUGUGCAUGCUGUGGAACUGGUUUCCACACCAGAAGCCUCUCUGAUGAGCAUUACAAAAGCUGCCACUUGUCAGCAAAUUCAGGAAACAACCAAGAUCAGAACUCAAAGAACCAGUCAGAACUAGCCAACAAGAUUUCAACGUCCAAUAACAGGAAUCGGGUGACUCGUCUGAAGCAAUUCAGAACACCAGAUGAUAAAAUCAAAAGCGAGUUUUACCAGAAGCUGUGUGAUCUCAAUAAUAUGGGUCUGACACUAGGUGACUUUCUACAACAGAACCCUGCAGCUGCGGUAAAUCUUGAGAAAUAAAAACGCACAACAUUCCAGCCUCUUAUACAUACAUACAUUAUAUAUAUAUAAAGAAAAAUGCUUAAUUCAUUAUACUCAUGGAGUGCUUGAACUGUUUCACAAAAUGAUUUUUUUUCCCUUGAAAAAGUAUUUAUUGAAGAGAUUAUUUUUGUUUUUAUUGUUAUUGACUUGUUAUAGUCAAGUUUUGUUUUUAGUACUUAUAUAUAUACAUUUACUGAAAAAAAAAUUACCAAGUUCCUUGAAAAAGUGAUACAUCUUUUUGUAAUUAAAAGACAUCAGCUGAUAUGAGAAAAAUCACUUUGUUAUUGAUGGCAGCAAUCAAUGGCCGUCCACACAGAAAAUACGUAAAGUAGGUGUAUCAGCUCAUUGUUGUCUCAUGUUGUUCUCUUUUUUUUAUUGUUAUAUUGUUUAAAAAAUCAUUCCGGAACCACUCAAGCACUUUUAUAUUUCUCACAUAAAUGAGAGAACUGUGUUUGUCAUUAUACAGUGGAUAUCUUGAUGUUGCAUGAUCUAUUAUUAGAACAAUCUGUCUCAAUAAAAGAUACUCAGGGUAUUUUAAAACUGUUAAGUGAGACAAGAACGGAAAGUAUAUGUGCAACAAACAUAAAAAAUCAUAAAAGUAAGUUUUUCUAAAGGAUGAUUUAAAGUAUGAAUUCAAAAAUUAUUGGACUUAGAUUUGAUAAAAACUAUUGUUUAUAUGACUACUCUUAUGAAAAUUGGUUCAUAUUUCUUCACAGAAUUUUUAUUAUGUAUGUAGCAUAAAAACAAAAUCUCCUAUGAUUUUUCUUCAAUAAUUUUUAAAUUAUAAUAUACAGGGUUCUCAGUCAAAUAAUAAUGCGAAAUUAGUUAUGAAUCAUGUUCUGAUAUAAAAAGUCAGGGAAAGUUGCAAUUUUUAAUAUGAUAAAUAUAGGCAUUAUAGAAAUUUGCUGAAUUUCUUAUGUUCAGUUUUAUAAGUUGCUAAUAAUGUAUUUCGGCAUGAUAUAUAAUAUUAGAAAAUUCUGUCCAGGCAACAUUUUUUAAAAAAUCGUAUUGCUUUAAAUUGCAUUUAAAUUUACUCUAAAAACAAUUAUUCUCAAAUGAAAUGAAAAUUUUGAAUUUAUUGAGAUUUUUAGUUACUGAAAAGUUGCCAUAGAAUUUUAUUUUUUAAUACAAGCAUGAGCCCUGUAUAUACUUCUAUUGAAUAAGGAUUGAAAAAAAACUAUAUGUAUGCAUGGACUUUAUAUUAGUAACGUUAAACCUUUUUUUCAUUUCUGUAAUGGUAAUAAAGUUUAAAAUAUGGUACUUAUUAUAUUUUAAAAGGAAAAAUAGUAAGAAAAGUGAUAAAUAUUUUUUAAUGUAUAGAAUACAGAAACUUUUGGAUAUUUUAAAUUUAUUAUCUAAUACAAAUC